AUGGGAAAUUGUAAUUUCGCUAGUGAGCAAAAUUAAGAUGAGCUAUAAACUUAUAUAACGCCUAGGCUAUUUAAUUUUUUGUAUGUAAUUGGGAGAGGAGGCUUCGGAAAGGUAUGGAAGGUUGAACAUAAAAAGACUAAGUAAUUAUAUGCUAUGAAAGAAAUGUCUAAAGCAAAGAUUAUAACCAAAAAAAGCAUAAAUUCUGUAAUGAAUGAAAGAUAUUUACUAAGCACUCUUAAAAAUCCAUUUAUAGUAAAUAUGGUUUGGGCCUUUUAAGACAGGGAGAAUUUAUAUUUAGUUAUGGACUUAUUAGGAGGUGGAGAUUUGAGAUAUCACAUAGGAAGAUAGAAAAAAUUUACUGAAGAAUAAACAAAGUUUUUUAUUGCCUGCUUGGUACAAGCUUUAGAGUAUCUUCACUAUAAUAGUAUUUUACACAGAGAUGUAAAGCCAGAAAAUUUGGUGUUAGACGAUCAAGGAUAUCUGCGCUUGACAGAUUUAGGUGUUGCAAGAAUAUGGAAACCUGAUAAUUAAUCAGACACAAGUGGCACUCCUGGAUAUAUGGCUCCUGAAGUUAUGUGUAGACAAGUCCAUGGCGUUGCAGCUGAUUAUUAUGCAGUCGGCGUUAUAACUUAUGAAUGCAUGCUUGGAAAAAGGCCAUAUAUAGGAAGAACACGUAAGGAAUUGAGAGAUUAAAUAAUUGCAAGACAAGUAUAAGUUAGAAAGAGUGAGAUUCCUCAUGGUUGGUCUCUAGAAGCUGCUGAUUUUAUCAACAAAACUAUUCAGAGAAAACCCUAAAAUAGGCUUGGAUUGAAUGGACCAGAUGAAGUGAAAGAACAUCCUUGGCUAAGAGAUUUUCCAUGGUAAAAAUUAGAAAACAGAGAACUUGAAUCCCCAUUCCUACCUAAGUCGGAAGACAAUUUUGAUGCUAAGCAAAUGGAACCCAGAGAUAAAUAAGACACAAAUCCUGAACUAAUUUAAUAAAAUUAAUUGCUUUUAAGAAGAAAUUCAGUUUAAGAAUUAUUUUAAGGAUAUGAAUAUGAAAAAGAAAUACAGUAACACUCUAAUAAUUUUUAAACUAUCUCAGGAAAUAAUUCCACAGCUGUUACUGCUAGGUAUACCUAAAGUAAUACCUAUGCAAAUUGA